CCUUUUACGUACAGAACAGAGUGGUUAUAGGAUUGUUUUGGGACCAUUUGGUUGUCGUCUUAUUGGUCCUUUGUAACAUUGUCCUUAAUGACCUUACGGUUUUUAGCUGUGAUGCAGAGUGCAGGACAUUUGAGGGUCAAUGUUAGUGGUAGCGUGGAGUAUCAAACUUCACAGCAGAUGAUUGUGUUCUGCACUUUAUCUGUGGGGAUAUGCUGUACUUUUCUCUACAUAAACUGUGUUCUGUUGUACAUCUUGAGGAGCAAGACAGUUUUUUGUGAGACGUCCCGUCACAUUCUGUUGUUUAACCUUCUCUUCACAGAUACUGCCUAUCUUGCGACAAGUUUGUUGCUCUACUUACUUGCUGCUUUCAGGUUGAGGCUGAAAUUGUAUGUUUGUGGUUUGCUUAUAAGCCUUGGUGUUUUAGAAGACAUCGUCUCUCCUCUUACUCUGGCAGUGAUGUCCCUUGAGAGAUAUGUGGCUGUGUGCUUUCCUAUGAGACAUGCAGACCUUGUCACCGGCAGAAACACAGGAGCAGCCAUCGCUGUUGUGUGGACCAUCUCUGGUGGCAAUGUUCUAAUAAAAGGGUUAAUACUAGUUAGUUGGGAAAAUAAUUUGGAUGCAGAAACUAAAGACUUCUGCUCGAAAGAGAUAAUGUUCCUGGCCCCGCAGUCGAGUGUAUUUGAUCAAACAUUUCACGCUUUUGUGUUUGCAAUCGGGGGGAUGGUAGCUAUUCUUUCCUAUGUUGGUGUGACGUUGGUAGCCAGGUCAGCCUCGAGAGACAAAGCCUCUGCUGGCAAGGCUGGAAAAACUGUUUUACUUCAUAUGAUUCAAUUGGUGCUGAUCCUCAUCGCUACCAUCUACUCUAGUAUUCUCCUAAGCCUUGCUAGAAUAGUGGACAGAACCACUUUGAUUCGUCUCUACAACAGUUUUUUUGUGUUUUUGAAUCUAUUAUCCAGGUGUUUCACUGCUCUUAUCUAUGGGCUCAGAGACAAAACCAUCAGACCUCUCCUCUUGAAAGGGCUCUGUGGUCAUCUUGAAUGCUUGGCCUCCACAUAACUGUGGAUGUCAAAACAAGGAUGUAAUCACCAUGAAAUCAACAAGAAAAACUAGAAGUCUAGAUACGUGAAAAGAUUUAUAUUUAUUUGAAAAAGGUUUAUUUUGCACUAGAGAUAACAGAUUUUAACAAGCGGCGAUUUUUUUGGAUUGACGUCAGAAAACAGGGGACCCCUUUGCCCUCAUCGGCGUAAGUGCCCCUCUGACUCUUAUAUAUGGUAAAAAGUCUGAAUGUUAAAGGUUUAAAACAUGCAAUAAAAGUUGUUUUGUGUGAGAAAAAUUUUUUUGCGGAAAAAAGAAUGUGAUUUGAAAUUGCUAAAUGUUUCAACUGGAAUAUAAAUGGCUUGUUAAACUAUAGCUACAGUA